CGCACAAAUGGGUCAAUACCUUAAUUCUGAAUUUUAAUCAUAACAAUAAGAUAUGAUCGAAUUAUAAUAAAAUUAAAUUGUUGUUAAAUCAGUUUAUAUUAGUGUUGUAGCUGGAAAACAAUUGUAAUGGUGUUUAAAGGUAUAUUCUUUGGGGCGAGACAUGUCCAAAUAAUCUUACUCUUUUGGCUAUGUCUGAUGACAUAUGCCUUGAGGUUCAACUUAUCUGUAGCAAUAGUUGCCAUGACGCAAAGUACCUCAGUAAAUCCUGAUAUACCGUAUUACAAAUGGACAAACAAAAAUAUAGUGCUCUCAGCUUUCUUUCUGGGAUACAUCAUUCCACAGAUCCCCGCCUCACUUUUAGCGAGAAAAUGGGGAAUCCAUAGAAUAAUGUCAAUAACCAUCAUUAUCAAUUCAUUAAUGAUGCUUUUGAUACCAAAAAUGGCGGAAUAUUUUGGUGCAGAGGGAGUGAUGGUCUGUAGAGUAGUUCAGGGUCUAGCACAAGGCUUUUUUUAUCCGUUGUUGUCAGCUUUGCUCGGAAAAUGGGUUCCAAUUGGAGAAAGAGCAAGGGUUGGUGCUGUCACUUCUGCAGGUGCCACUCUUGGUGUAAUACUGACGUACUCCCUCACUGGAUUCCUGUCAAAAUCGUCUGUAGGCUGGCCCAUGAGUUUCUACAUAUUUGGCGUCUUUGGAUUAUGUUGCUCCAUUGCGUACAUCUUUGCAGGAAGUGAAAGUCCUGGUCAUUGUAAACAUAUCUCCAAGGAAGAAAGAAUCUACAUAGAGAAGUCUUUAGGAACAAGCAAUAUUACAACAAAUGUAAAGAUACCGUGGAUAGAAAUCCUCACGUCUGUACCAUUCUGGGCAAUAACUUUAACAAGUUUAGGACAAGGAUGGGGAACUUCCACAGUUAUGUCAGAGAUGCCCACUUACUUUGAUAAAGUGCUUAAGUUUGAUAUUAGUUCGAACGGAGUUUUAUCAUCGUUGCCUUAUAUAAACAGAUUUGUAUGCGUAUUUAUCUGGGGAUUUUCGGCAGAUUAUAUAACUAAACGGAAAUGUUUGUCAUUGACAAAUACCCGGAAGUUGUUUACAGUAAUCGGUAGUGCUGGCAUGGGUAUAAUGCUCUUCAUAAUUGGAUUUCUGCCAGAAACCACCAACAGAUACGUGGUGGUUGCUAUUCUAGUAGCUUCAGAAGGAGUACAUGCAGCAAAAUCCGCUGGAUAUAAUAUAAAUCACAUUGACUUGUCUCCAAAUUUUGCUGGUACCCUUAUGGGAUUAGUCAAUACAGCCGAAGAGAUUUUCUCACUGAUCACACCCCUCUCCGUCCAGUAUAUUGUUACAGAUGAGACUGACAGACAUCAGUGGAAAAUAAUCAUCAGUAUAGGUACUUGUAUGAUGAUAGCCGCCAGCGUAAUUUUCUGUUUAUUUUCUACAGCCGAAAAACAACCCUGGAAUGAAAUUAAAUCGGACGAUGAUAAAAACAAGCAGGAAAUAAAGGAAAGAGCAGUUUGAAAAAAGGCCACUACGUUUUUUUUUUUGUAUAUUCUAUCAAGUUUUGUAAAUAAAUGUUUUUAUAAA